CUCUUUUUAAUCUCUAAUGGCCCUGAAAUACUGAGAAAGAAAAGCAGAUCAAAUUAAUAAGAGAUGAUGAGCAACUUUUGCGACUGCAAAAGACUUGGGACGAUGAUCAUCAUCAUAUUCUUGCUGUUCAUUCAGCAGACUUCAUUAAUGGCAGAAUUAGAAGAGAUUAAGAAGCCAAUAUUAUACGAGUUGUCAAGCAGAGAGGAGAUGGUGCAAAUGGCUGGAUAUGGAGAGGAGAAGCUAUCAACCGUCCUCGUUACUGGGGCAGUUCUUUGUGAAGCUUGCCUGCACAGAUAUGCGGAACCUCAACUUAGUGCAUGGCCCAUAUCAGGUGCUUUGGUUUCUGUCAAAUGCCAAACUGCUUGUAAGAGCAAAUCAGGUUCAGCACAAGCUAUAACGGAUGAAUAUGGAGAUUUUCUGAUCGACCUUCCUUCCCACCUCCACGGCAUUCCCAAUUUGCAAAAGAUAUGUGAAGUUAACGUUCUGCAAAUACCAAAGAACUCAAUGUGCCGACCUGCAUUCGUCAAGAAACACAAGGGACUAAGAUUUUCAUCUGUUGGGAAUGGCAUCCGCGCCUAUACAGCCGGAAAGAUAAGGUUCCAGCAUAUAACAUCUAAACCUUUAAAAACAUGCAUCGGAAGGGCUAGCAUUGACAAACAAAUAGCCUGACUGAUACACUGGGAUAUGGCACAUGGCAUGGCUCAUUUAGAUGGCGCUUCGGUCACAGCAUUGAGUUUAAAAGCUGCAAUCCCCCUCCAAUACAUAUAUAUUGUCAUGUAUAUAACAAUACUUUGUCUUGUUACAAUAUGAGUUGUGAGAAUCAAAUACACUUACAUGUAUUAGACGAGUUAUUUCAAGGUUGAAAUGAAAUAAUUGAAACAAGGCAAAAACGCAG